AUGCAUCCGGCAUUAACGACGUUAACAAGUAUUUGUGAAGAUACUCAGAAUACAGUUGACGUCGAGCGAACAGAAUUGAAACCAUUCAAUCGGCAACUACUGAAUGAAGAGUUUUUGAAUAAAUUUCUGUCGAUUCAUUUCGAAGACAAUGUCACGCUGACAAAUCUGAAACAAUUUUUCCGGACUACGCAUUUACAUAUCGCACAUCCAUUACGUUCAUCACUUUGGUUUGAUAUUCUUCACCAAGAACAGAAGUAUAAACAAUACAAAUUUCAACAAGCUGUCGAACGUUAUCCAGAAGACAUACGAAACAUCUUCGGCCGUCGUAAUGAUAUCAUUGUUCGGCUUCCAUCUUGUAUCGAUAUCAAUCAUUUGCCUAAUUAUCAUCUCAAUCGGAAAGGUCAACAUGCACGAACGCGAAUUCUCAGUGUCUUCGCCUACUAUCAUCCGGAUGUCACAUGGGCACCAUUACUUGCACCUAUCGCUGCAUUAUAUCUACAUUACAUGACAGAAAUCGAUGCGUAUGAGUCUCUAUUAAUUCUUACGAGUAAGAAUUACAACAUAAUAACUCAAACAGAGAUUCAAUAUCAGUCAUUAAUGUGUGCAUUUCGUUCACUGCUGCGUCGGCAUUAUCAUUCGGCGUAUGAGAUACUUUCGAAGUACCAGCAGAAUAUAUUUGACCAAUGGCUCUGGAUUCUAUUUGAAAAUUUACCAUUGAAAUAUCUCACACCAAUCGUCGAUUGCCUUCUAAUCGAAGAUAUGAAGAUUCUGAUACGUUUCAGUAUGAUCCUAAUGAAUCAUUUUGCGAAAUUUCUCUCCAAUCAGCAAUUUAAACAUAAACGACGUUAUUCAAUCUUUCAUCGAGAUACAUAUUCAAGACUAUCAUCGAUGACAUCAGCAAUGAAAGAAAAUUCCACGACGAAGAACGAAGUUCUGAUUAACUACAUGCAACAAUUCGAUUUUCCAAUUGAAAAACUAUUCAAACAAGCAUUCAGCAUUCGAAAUCUACGACGAAAAGAUAUUUUUCGGACAAUUCAAAUCGAAGAAGACAAACUCAAACAAGAACGUCGCUUUCUACGUUCAAUAUCACAUAACAGUGAACAACAUGUGUCGAAUUCAUCUUCAACCACAGCUUCUGCACGUGGUUACAAUCAUCAAAAUUCAACUGCGAUUAUUAUGAUUCGCGAAUUCGAUACUUCAAUAGCAAGUCAUUCGGAUUUUGCAUAUCUUUGGUCGUUUAUUCCCAGUCGACUGACAGAAUUUCAACCUGAACGGAUUUAUUCGUCAAAUAUUCACGGUCGUCGCUUACGAACACUCUAUGAUCAUGUGGAAUUCUAUGAACAUUGCUUUAUUAUCAUACGGAACGAGUUAGAAGAGAUAUUCGGCGUGUUUUGUUCGAGUGCACUUUCGUCACGAUCGAAAGCGCGGCUCUGGUUCGGGACUGGUGAAACAUUUCUGUUCACUUUGAAGCCGAAACGGCAAGUUUUCAAAUGGGUCGGCUAUCAAAAAUUAACUAUGGGUGAUACGAAACCCUAUGAAGAUUAUUUCAUUCAUGCUGAUGAUGAAUAUCUUCAAUUUGGUGGAAGUAAAGAAGCUCUUGAUGUAGGUCUGUGCAUACAACAUGAUUUGAACGAAGGCAGCACGAAACAAUGUGAUACGUAUGCAAAUAAACCCUUGUCAAGUUGUGAAUAUUUUCAGAUCAUUGAAAUCGAAGUAUUUGGUUUUACCAGAUAA